AAAAAAAUCUAAAAAAAAAAAAGGCUACAAAACACAAAAAGCAAUAAAACAAAAAAGAAGCAUCGAGUCUUUUGCGAAUUGCCGCUUUCCUUACCCUUCAAAUCCUUCGUUCACCACGGAUUGAGUUCACAGAGAUCAAUAUAUUUCUCGAGAGAGCAAGAGAAAGCCUAGAGGGUUGAGAAAUACGAAGGAUGAUACUGAGAACUCCGCCACCGAAGAGACAGAGAGAUGAGGCGGCGGCGCCUAUCGUGGAGAGCCCACCGGGCGGAUCGGACCGGCGGCUCGUCAUCUACGAGGAUCCUCCCUCUGCAGGCGUGGCAACUCAAACGCACUCCGAUCAUAUGCUCUGCACCUACCAAUGCCGCCAAAUGGUUAAAUCGGAUUUCCUAGAUGCCUUGAGCAGUGCAGAAAAGCAAGUUCGUGAUUAUCAAUCUAAAUUAGAGGCUUUAAGUGAGAACUUUAGCAAAGCUGAGGCUGAGAGGAAGAAAUUUCGAGAUCAACUCUUACAUACAGAGCAAGAACUUGCUGCUGCCAAAGGACGUGAACAGGCAUUGCAGGAUCAGCUUCUGAAGGAAUCCAAUGAUUCCCAAGAAAGGCUAAAGAAACAAUUACAAUCUUUCAGUGCACUUGAGAUAAAGCUUGAAAAUGAAAGGAACCUCCGGAUGAAGGCUGAAUCUGCAUCAGCUUCAGCUGAAGAAAAAGCAAAUCUUUAUGAGGGGAAACUGAGUCAUCUUGCGGACAGCGUAGAAAGGGAAAAAAGACAUCUCCACAAUGAUAUUGAACAGCUGAAAAGAGAAUCUAAGCUUUCUGUUUCUAGAAUAAGUGCAGAUCUUGAGAGAAUGGAAUGCAGAGCUCAUAAUGCUGAGAAAGAGUCAGAUCUACUGACAGAGCAGCUGGAAGGUCUUAAAAAGCAGCUUAAUGAGUGCUUGCACCAGAGGAGUGAAAUGGAGAAGAAAUUGUCAAAUUUCGCAAUUCAAGAAGGUACCUCUACUGACAGCAGUAUUUUGGUCAAGCAUUUACAAGAAGAGCUGAGAAGUUAUGAGUUUGAAGUGCGUGAGGCGAAAAAGUUGAAAUCAUCGCAUGAAAACAUCUUGUUACUGAAGGAAAAACUUUUGGAAGAGAAGGGCCGCAGAGAGAGGGCAGAAUCAGAAUUAUCGAAAUUGCAAGAAUUCCAGCUACGCAUAAAUCAGUUGGAGGGUGAGUUGUCAUCCUGGAAGUUGAUAAUUAAAGACAUUCCUGGAGUGUCAUGUCCAGAUGAUAUACCUAUCAAGUUAGGAUCUCUACAAAAAGAGGUGAUUGACAGCAUGAUGAAGGUAGGUGAAGUUAAUGCUCACUUGAAACAAAUGGAGGUGGCUUUAGAUGCUGCUCAACUUUGUAAACAAAAUACUGAAACUGAGGCUGUGUUGGCUAAAGAGAAGGCAGAAGCUUUACAAGCAGAUAUCAAGCGGAUUGAUUUGAUGCUCUCGAUGGUUACUGAAGAGAGAGAUAAGUUAAAAAUUGUUGUUAAUGAGUUUUCAAGAUUAAAGAGUGGUGAAGCAGGAGAUGAAGCAACUAAUAGAACUCUUGUUGAGGACUUUGAAUCGUCUCUUGUGAAGAAGGAAUCCUGUAUUAAAGAAUUGGAGAACACUUUACGUGAACAAAAAGAAAUCAACAACCGUCGCCUUAAUGAAAUAAAUUUGCUCAACGAAAAGCUUAGUAACGAAGCUAAAAGAAUUAAGUCAGUAGAAAGGGAGGGUGAUCGACUUCGUUCGGAGAUUUCACUAUUGGAGUCAAAGUUGGGUCAUGGCGAUUAUUCUGUUGCAAAUACAAAAGUAUUGCGAAUGGUAAAUACUCUUGCUGUCGAUAAUGAGGCAAAACAAACCAUAGAGGCUUUGCAGACUGAGUUACAGAAGACAAAGGAAAAGUUACAAGCUGUUGAGGAAUUGAAAAGCCAAUCAGGUGAGGCUGGGAAACUGGUUGACUCGUAUAUAUCUGGGAAGAUAGUGCAGUUAAAGGAACAAAUUGCAACACUUGAAAAACGUGAAGAAAGAUAUAAGACUGUUUUUGCGGAUAGAAUUUCAGUGUUCAGAAGGGCAUGCUGUGAGCUUUUUGGCUACAAGAUUGUAAUGGAUGAACAUCAGCGUCCUAAUGGAAUCCCAGUGACUCAUUUCACUCUCCAAUCUAUUUAUGCUCAAAGUGAGGAUGAAAAGCUUGAAUUUGAAUAUGAAUCGGGGAAUACAAAUAUUUUGGCAAAUGAUUACACUUCUCAGCCUGAAAUAUCUCACCAGAUUGAGAUAUUUGUUCAGAAAAUGCAUUCAAUUCCUGCGUUCACAGCCAAUUUAACAGUGGAGUCUUUCAACAGGCGGACUAUAUCUUAAGCUUAAUCCAGAGAUACAUUGUCACCAUGAGUGUAUAUUGUGUUCCCUGCCAAUGUAAUUGUGAAAUGUUGCUGAAUUUGUUAUUUUUGUGGCAUUCGCAGUUUAAACGAUUUGUAUGCAUUUAGUUAUAUAUCUUUGCAUACUCUAUCAAGUAUGUACUAUUGUAUAAUUAGUUAGCGUUUUCGGCUAUUCAA